UCGAAUUUUCGGCAACGCUAUUUGACAGCACACUCUCGCUGUCACUUUCGCCAUCUUUCAGUUUUUUAAAGAAAAAGACAACUUGUAUGCAUCUUCUUGGCUGGAUUUGUUUGAAGCGCUUCUGACCGAUAUUUCUGCAAUAUUAAGUAUUUUUAAUAGCCAAAGAUAACGUGACACGAUGGCAGAAUACUUGGCCUCCAUUUUUGGCACGGAAAAAGACAAGGUCAACUGUUCGUUCUACUUUAAAAUUGGUGCCUGCCGACAUGGGGACCGUUGUUCCCGCAUCCACAACAAGCCGACCUUCUCGCAAACUUGCCUACUGCAGAACCUGUACGUAAAUCCGCAGAACUCGGCCAAAUCUGCCGACGGUAGCCAUCUGGUAGCGAACGUGUCGGACGAAGAGAUGCAGGAGCAUUAUGACAAUUUUUUCGAGGACGUGUUCGUCGAGUGUGAAGACAAGUACGGUGAAAUCGAGGAGAUGAACGUAUGCGAUAAUCUCGGCGAUCACUUGGUAGGCAACGUGUACAUAAAGUUUCGCCGUGAGGAAGAUGCUGAACGGGCUGCCAAGGAUCUAAACAAUCGCUGGUUCGGUGGAAGGCCGGUUUACUCGGAACUGUCGCCGGUUACUGAUUUCCGCGAGGCGUGCUGUAGACAGUACGAGAUGGGUGAAUGCACACGUUCGGGGUUCUGUAACUUCAUGCAUCUGAAGCCAAUAUCCCGCGAGCUGCGUCGCUAUUUGUACUCUAGGCGCCGUGGACGUUCCCGGUCCCGUUCUCGGUCACCUCGUCGUGGUGGCGGAGGUGGUGGUGGUGGUGGUGGCGGCGGUGGAGGUGGCGGCGGUGGUGGUGGUAUCGGAGGCGGCCGUGAUCGUUCCCGUGACCGUCGUCGAUCUCGCAGCCGGGAUAGAAAAAACGAUCGUAACGACAAUGGACGCAAAGGACGAUACUGAAUACAUACAAGCUGAGUAAAGAUAAAAUAACUUUUUUUUUGUUUUUUUAACGCAUUAUUUUGUCAUGUACUUUACACCAACGGAAUGGAUGAAAUUAUUCGCAACACACUAUAUGUUCAGAGGUAAACGUCUA